UGUGGUGCUGUGGAAACAAACAUUGAUACAAUCCCUGUUGUAUUGCAGUGACAGGCAAGUGUUUAAGGGUGAGUUACAUAUUACCAAGCUAGAUGUGGUUUGUAUCUUCUAUUAAUAUGUGGGAGAAGCAGCCCUGCUGAAAACUGGCGUUUACUCUUUAAAGACUUCUUUGGGUUAUUUUUGGCAGUACUGAGGCUUUGCUGACUAGCAGCUGUUAGAAAAGGCAUAUGAUGAGUAUUUUGUACUGGGUUUCAUUAUUUCUUGUCAGCUAGUGAUGUGGUGGAGGUGCUGUCGGAACUGAACAAACAAAUUCGUUUCAAGCAUUUUACAGUGAAACAUGUAGCAAAGUAUGAACUAAUCACAGUUAUCUGAGAGUCAGUGAUACUUACUGUGGUAUUUAUGUCACUUGUGUUUUGAAAGCCAUCCUGAAAGUAUGUGGAAAUGGGGUAGUGGAGACGAUUCUACUUCCAAAGCUGUAACUGCAGGCUCCCAAGAUGCAAGAAGCAUGUCGGUGACAGAUUUGACUGAACAGCUGGUGAGCACUGAGCAGCUGGUGACACAGCUAAAGGAGCUUGUCAGGGAGAAGGAUGCUGAGCUUCGAGAGAAAGAUCUUCAGUUAAAGGAGGAGAAGGAAUCUGCUGAUGCCAAACUCUCCAAGUUGAAGCUACAGAACAAAGCCAAGGUUGCAUCUUUAACUUCACAGUUAGAAGAGCUUAAGAAACAGUUAUCAGACUCUGGAGGAUUGGAUGCAAAAGCAGAACCAAAGAAGGCAUCAAAAGAUGGUGACCAGGAAAAUGCUGCAGCAAAUCGUGGGAAAAUACUAGUACUGAGAAGGAGAAUUGAAGAACUGGAAGGCCAGAUCGCACACAAAAAUGAGGAGUUACAAAAAAAGAGCGCAGAGCUGGAGGCCCAGCACUGUCGUGGGGCUGAAAUGGAUGCCAUGCUGGCAGACAAAGAGAAGAAAUUAGCUGAGAGAGACGCUUACAUCAUCGAUUUACAGAUGGCUUGUGGCUCAGGUGCUGAUGUCACUGAAGUACUCCUGCCUAAUGAAGAGCUGAAGACUCAGCUGGCUAUUAAAGAGUCAUCACUGCAAACCAUGGAGAUUCUGGUUCAGAACCUUACCAAGAAGGUGGGAGACAGCGAAGAAAAAUGUAGUUUGUUCCAGGAACAGAUUGAGAGUCUUAAAAAUAUACAGAGCAAAGAGAGGGAACAUUUCCAAGGGAAAGAAGCUACCUACAUGGAAAAUGUACGUGCAUUUCAAAAUAUUAUCCAGGAAAAGGAAAAGGAACUGGAAGCACAGAGAGAAAAGCAUGAGCAGGAGCUCUUUAAAUUAGCUGCUAAAUCUGAUGCAAGUGCUGACCUAGAACAGCUACUAAAAGCCUUGAAACAGAAACUCCACGAAAAGGAAGAAGUCAUGCUGGGCAGGACGCAGGUGAUAGAUGUCUUGCAAAAGGAACUGGAUGCCAAGGACCAGCAGUUGCAGGAAAUUAAUGAAAACCUGAAGCGUCUUCUGUCUGAAAAAGAAAACCUCCAGUCUAAACUGGACGCUGAGAAACAUGUAAUGAGAGCCCAGUUAAAAGACAUGAUGGAGAAACAUGAGCUUGAAAUGACAAAAGUUAAGGAGAAAUAUAAUGCUGAACUGCAUGAAAUUAAAGAGAAACAUGAAGCCGAGCUGCAAGAGAAAGACCAGGCUCUGUUUCAGCUCCAGAAACAGGUGGCAGAAUUGAGUGGUAGCGAACACGGGAACCCCAAAGAAGUUACUCUGGAGUCUGUAACCAAAGAGAAGCUAGAAGGUUUAGAAGCCCAAGUGAAAUUGAAAACAGAAGAGGCCAGCAAAUCUGAAGCAAAGUUUUUGAAAAUGAAGGCUUUGUCUAAAUCAAGAAUCAAACAGCUGGAGGAUGAACUGAAACGUUUUUCAUCAAAGAACAAUGAUGCGUCUGCCUUACACAGUCGUGUCUCAGAACUAGAAAUGGAAAAUGAAGAACUGCAGUCAAAACUGCAAUCCUUACAUGAAAUCAGAACUCAAAAUGAAGAAUUGCUGACUAAGCUGGAACUCUAUGAAGAGCAGCAAAGGAAGUUGCAAGCUGAUCUUGACCAAGUUACCAAGAGGGCAGCAUCGCAGGCCAGUGAGUCAGGCAGUGUGGAUGAAUUGCAGAGUCAGCUCUUGGAGUGGCAAGAGAAUGUACCAGAGUCAGAGGAGUCCCGUGAUCAAGUCAGAGAAGAGAAAUCUGCCAUGGCCCUGAGAAUGGCUCAGAUUGAGGAGGAAAGAGAAGCCAUAGUCUCAGGGCAACAGGAGCUGGAGGAGGAACUGGCCACAGUUCAUGGAAUGGGCAGGCUGCCGCAGGCAAGAGGAAAGAGCAAUCAGAGCAACAGGAAGCUUCAGGUGCCCAAGGGUGUUCUCAAAGGCCUGGCAGAUACCAUAGAAAACCUGUGGGAGACUUGGGAGCUGGAGCAGGAAGAGUACAGCUUUGAUGGGAAGCAAUGCUUUCAAGAACUGAACGUCACCUUGGAUAGCGCUGAUCCAGCUGAAGGAGAAAAUAUGGGAGGCUUGCGGAGCGUGGUUGAAGAGUUGGAAUUGGAAAGAAAUCAACUACAGGAACAAAUUCUUUGUCUGGAAGAGCGUUGCCAGGAUUUGGAAGAUAGGUUGCAGCUUCAAGGUAGAAUGGAGGCUCUUCAGAAUGAGAAUGACCGCUUGCAAGCUCAGCUCACCCAGUUCCGCAGCCAGCAAGUGCGAGAUGUGGAAAAGCAUCAGAUUCUAAUCUCUGGCUUGAACGAGCAGCUUAAAGGGUUAAGUGACAGAAAUAGCUUCCUUGAAAAUUCACUUGGAGAAAAAGAACAAAAACUGUUGAGCACAACAGAAAAACUGGGACAAAUCGAAACAUUGAAGAAACUGCUUCAAGAGAAGGAUCUUCUGAACAAAGAGCUUGGGGAAAAGUUUGUGCAUACUGAGCAAAAACUGAAUGAAGCCUCAAAGAAGUGCAGUGUGCUUGAAGUGGAGAACACCGAGCAGAAAACAGUCAUCAGUGACCUAACAGAAAAAGUUGCUACGCUGAAGGAAAAGACUUUGAAACAAGAUGGUGUGGUGGAGUCCAUGCAGCUGGAUCUGGACCAGACAACUGAAGAGCUUGACAAAUUGAAUACAAGCCACUUGGAGGAAAGAUCUCAACUUAUUCAUGAUCUCCAGAAAUGUGAAAGAGAAAUUGAUAUUCUUAAAGAGGCACUGGCAGAAAAGGACAGAGAGAUGUCUGCCCUGUCUUUGAGUAUGACAGAAUAUUCUGAGCAGGUUAUCAUCCUGAAGCAGCAAGUGCAAUGCAAAGAGGAAGAAAUCCGAGGAAUGGAACAGGCUUUAUCAAAGGCUGAAAGGGAAACUCAUUUACUGAAAGAAGUGCAAACAGCUGAUGUAAGAGAUGCAAGUGUGAAGCUAUCUGUCCUUUCUGAGCAGAGUAACGCAAUGAGAUUAGAGCUGGAGAGAGUUAGAGUUGAGAAUGAAGCUAAAACCAGAGAAAACGAGGAAUUAUUAAAACAAAGCAGUGAGAACAGCAUCACAAUUAAGGAUCUCCGUGCUGAAAUCAAGGCCAGCAGUGCUGCAUACCGUAACAAACUUGCAGAGAGUGAGUCACAAAUUACUUUGUUGAAAGAACAAAUUAGUAAAUCCUCUGAAAAGCUACAAGAAAUGGAGGAUAAACAAAGGAAAGAAACUGAGUAUUUGAAAUCUCAGCUCGAGGAAAACAAUACUUUAGAAGAAAAAUGGAACAAUAUGCUUAAAGAGAAAGAGAGCGAAGCACAGAUACUUGAAAAUGAGUUAAAAUCAAUUAAGGAUUCAUACAACAAACUGGUUUUGGAAAACACUAAAAGAGAGGUGGAGUUGGCAGAGUUAUCUGGGAAGCUUAAAGAGCAUACUGAGCUCCAGCAAACGACUGAAAAAGAACUACAAGAGAAACAAGAGUUCAUUAUUUCAUUAGAGCAGAAGCUCGGGCAUUUGGAGAAGGAAAAUAAAGAGACUGAACUUAAAUUAACUGGGGAGCUGAAAGCCAAAGAGGCAUGUUGCAAAGAACUUAAUAACCAAUUAAAUGAAGUUCAUAAGCAAAUUAACAGGAUGGAAAUGGAGGCACGGGAGAAAGACUUGACUAAUAGACAAUUGCAGGCAGAUCUGGAGGGGAAAGAAGAAAGAUUGGCAGAGCAAAUACAAGCAAAUGAACAUCUGGGGAAAAAAAUAGAUAUGGUGGAAAAAGAGAAGGAACAGCUAAUGAGCAAAAUGGAGAAUUUGUCCAAACUCCUGGAUGCAAAAGAGUGUGAAUUGCUAAAGCAAAUCCAGGCUGCGGCAGAAAUAGAGAACAAGUUAUCUGUUAGCACUGCUGAGUAUCAGAAAACUCUUUCAGUACUGCAUUGUGAUAAAAACACUCUGGCGAAAGAGAUUGAACAACUUUCAGUACUUGCCCAGCAAAAAGAAAAGUCAGUUGCAGAGCAGCUGCAGGAGAAAACAAAAGAGUGUGAUGCGCUGGCUGAUCAGUUGCUGGAAAGUAAGGAACAGACACAGCAGUUGCAUGAACAAAUGCAAUCGCUUGUCAUUCAGCUGAAGGAUGCUAGGGACAAAGAAAUAAAGAAAGAAGAAAUGUUAAAUAAUAAACUAUCUGAAUGCAGUAAUCUAGUCCAAGAACUCAGCAACAAUAAGGCAAAGAAUUUACUACUGCAGGAACAAAUUCAAAGUGUAACUUUGGAUUUUGAAACUGCAAACAGGUCUCUAGAACAGAAAAUCCUUCAGAAUGAUUCAUUGCAUAAGGAACUUGAAGGGGCUAAGCUUUGUAUUGUAGAGAUGCAGGACGAAAUAAAAAAUCUUAAAGGUGAAAAAUUAAAAUUAUCUCAGUUGUUAGAGGAGAGAGACCUGACUCUCAAAAGUCAAGGUUCAGAACUUGAGAAGUUUCACAGGCAAGCUUCUGAAAAAAUGGAAGAAAAUGCAGUGUUGAAUAAUCAACUGCAGCUAUUAACCAAAGAAGUGGAUGUGCUUAAGCUUGAAAAGGAGAACUACUCAAGCUUACUGAGCGAGAAGUCACGUGAAUGCGAAGUUCUCCAGUCACAGCUGGUGCAGCAGCAGUCUGAGGUUACUUCAGCAAGGCAACAGGCACAUACAGCAGCUCUUGUGAAUGAAAAAUUGAAAGCAGACAUCGAAACGGUUAAUGUUACGAUGAUGCAAAAGUCAGAGGAAGUAGCUGCUUUAACUUCACACUUGUCCCAACAAAGUCAUAGUAUUCUAGCCCUGAAGGAACAAGUUGAUGGCCUGUUGCUUGAAAAAGAAGUCUUAAAAAUUGGCUUGGAAGAAAAAGGAACCCUUCUUUUUGAAAAGGAGGCCUUGAUUGAGCAGAUGAAAGAUAGUAAAAUAGCAGGAGAGGCACAGUAUAUGCAAAUAAUUUCAGACCUGAAAAACCAAAUACAAGCCCUAGGUUCUGAAAAGAGCCAGCUUAGACAAGCAAUGCAGGAAAAAGAAAACGAAUUUAAGAAGCAAGCCCAAGAAUUAAAGGUAUUGAAAGAUAAAUCUGAAGAGUCUGUCGUACUUAGGGUUCAACUGUCUGAGAAUAUGGAGGUUAUUUCUGACCUCCAGCAUCAGCUUAAAAACGUGAAAGAAAUGUCCUCCCAGUUGAAUGAUUCAGUUGCACAGAAGGAUGAAUUGCUAAAACAAAAGGUAGAUGAAUACAUCAGUUUAAAAGCACAUCUUUCUGAGGUACAGGACUCUUCUGCUUUGCAGGAGAACCAGGUAAAGCUUUUAGCCUCUGAAUUGGAACAGUUGAAAGUGCUUGUUUCAGAAAAAGAAUUAACCAUCAGCAAUAUUUCACUAUUCAGUGAGAAUUUAAAGAUGCAGCUUCAAGAGAAAGGGCAAGAAUGUGAGGUCUUAAAGAAACAGGUGGUAGAGCUGGAGGAAGGGAGAGUGAAUUUACAGAAGGAAAUACAACAUCAGAAGAACGUCUUCGUUGAGAAGGACCAGUCCUUAGCAGAAAAGGAAUCAUCUCUUAUGGAAAAUAAAAGUCUCCUUGAAACUCUGAAGGAGAAAGAAAGGAAGGAUGAAGAGAAGACAAAUUUAAUUUCUCAUUUCCAAGGGCAGAUAGAUGAACUAACACGAGAACUACAGAAGUCUAAGGAACUAGUUCAUGAGAAAGAAAAUGCAUUUGUAUCUCUUCAGGAGAAAGUUGAAGCUGAGUAUGGACUAAGAACUGAGAUGAAUGCAGCUCUUGGGAAAAAAGAAGAACUUAUUGCUGGCUUGCUGAAGUCUUUAAAGGAGAAAGACAUCAGUCUGCAACUGGCAGAUAGCAAUGUUCAUGAUCUCUCCAGUGAGAUCGAGGUGCUCAGAGGAAAAAUAGAGAAAAGUGAUACAGCCAUGAAAAGCCUUACUAAAGAAUUUCAGGAAAAGAGUGAGAAGCUUGAUGCUAAUCAGAAGAAAAUGGAUUCCUUGUCUGUGGAACUUGACUCUCUUAAAAGUGAACACCAAAAAGCACUAGACCAAAUAAGAACAUGGGAACAAGAGGCACAGCAGAAAGAAAUGGCUGUGGAGGCUCUGCGUGUGAAGUGCACGGAGCAGGCAGACAGCAUGGCGUGUUUGGCAUCGGAGCUGGACAGCAUGCGUUCCAAGUCAUCUCAGGACUGCCAAGACAAUAUGCUUCUGAUAGGCAGGCUGCAGUGCCAGGUGGAGGCUUUAGAGAAAGAAAAAAAUCUGUUACAGGAAGAUGCUGAUAAACUGAUGUCUGAAAACACACAACUUACUGCGUCCCAAAACGAGUUGCAAAAGAAAGUGGAGGAGCUCCAAGAAAUCAAUGAAAAGCUAGAGACCAGUGAGAAUUAUUCAAGAAUGCAGAUAGAUGCUGUCAGACUGCAGAUGAAGACUGAAAAUGAGAAGUUACAGAUGCAGGCUAAAGAAGGAGCCAGUCAUGCAGCUGUUGAAAUAUCACAGCUGAAGACCAAGGUUGAUGAUUUGGAGAAGGUGUUGCAUCAGACAAAAGCCUUCCAAGCAGAAACAGAGAGAGAGAUUGCAUCAUACCAGAAUGAGCUUGCUGGAUUAAGAACGGAGAAGAACCUCCUCCUCUCAGAGUGCCAGGCACUGCAACAGCAGUGCCAGCUGACAGCGGCUGAGAAAGACAGGCAGAUGGCAGAGCUGCAGAAGCGGCACCAAGACAUGAUUGCCAAGAGAUCGUUUCCCCCUGGCAGCAGUUACCCAGUCAAGGCUCUGGAAGCUGCCUCCCUUGCUGGAGGUACAGACGCUCCGGAGGACACCGAACACGUCCUGGCUGAGAAGCAGCAGCUUCAGAUGGAGCGGCAGCGCAGUCUGCAGGAGGUACACCAGAAGGAGCUGCACUUCCAGCAGGUUAAUUCUAAGGUAGUGCAGUCAGCGGAGGAAAACGCUGUGCUGUCUGCCCAGCUGAAGACUCUCUCCCAGGCUCUCAGGGAUAACCAGCUGCGGUACACUGACCUGCAGAGUCGCUAUUUAAGACUGGAGAGGGACUAUCAGACAAUGCAGGUGGCAUCUUUCCAAGGCACUGCUCAGGAUGAAACUAGAACAGAAGUUCCCCCUGGAGCACCGCAGGAACGAUCCGCAGUUAUCGUUGACAUAGACAAUAUGGAGCUAAAUGAACUCAGGAAAAGGCUUGCAGAGACUGAGCAGCAGUAUGAGUCAGUGCAGCAGGCUCUGUCACAGCUCACAGAGACACUGUCAGAAGAGAAGAGGAGGAGAGAAGCUGCAGAAGAGGCUCUUGGACUCUGUGAGGAGCGAAGUACCAGGUUUGAAGUGAGCAGUUACAGACCUGUGCCCAGUGAGUACAGUGUUCAGAUGGAAACUGAGGAGGAGAGAGAGGCCUUAAUCCUCAGUCCUGGUGACCAUGUUGUUGUGAGAAAGAUGAAGGGAGGAGCCCUUUCCUUCCGCCGCUGGCUGCGAGGCCGAAGUCUCUACUGCUCCAAGUUGUUGACCUCCAGAGCCAAGUCUCGCUACCUGUUCCUCACCUACCUGGUCAUGCUGCACCUGCUGGUGCUGCUGUGCCUCGCUGGGGUGCUCUGAACAUGCUGCAUUUUCUGGGUGACUUCCCUCUAGCCAAUGGUGUGCCAAGGUGAUGGACUUGCCACAUGCUGCUGCUAAGCUCUGCACUGGACACAGCUGUUGUACAUAUUCUCCUUACACUACACAGGCCCUGAGCUUCUGCUAAGGACUUUGUGUCUGUCACAGUGCUCCAAAGCUGACUUGAAUUGCUCUUUAACAGUGGGAUGCUGUAUUUGCUAAGGAGAAAAUGUUCCCCUCAGCCCUACAAAGAAACUGCUGCAGACGAGUUACUUAGUAUUGUUUGUGAGUACAUAAUGAUCGGUUACUACGGAAUGGGUUGUACAUGAGAUCUUUUCUACACAGAUUUUAUUUUAAGAGUUAAACUAUACAUUUUAAAUGAAUCUCAAGCAAUUACUGUUUAUUGGCUUCUUGAUUGUAACAGGAAGCCUUAUAGAGUGCAAUAAAGAAGAACUACUGGGUUUCUGA